GCCAUCGACUGCUCCGACAGUGGUAGGGGAAGAGGUCGCUCCUUUCCCCUGGUGCCCACCCAAUACAUAGCCAGCAGCCUCCCUCGCCUCCUAGCCAUGAACGGCUCCCGUGCCCCCCACAACGCCACCGGGGCUGUGGAGGACACCAUGCGGCACAUAGCCAUCAGCACCAAUGCCCUGGUUUUGGGGCUGGGCUUGGCCGGCAAUGGGCUAGUGAUCUGGAUCACCACCGCCGGCCGGGCCGGGCCGCCCACCUUCCCCUCGGCCUGCUACCUCCACCUGGCCGUGGCCGACCUGCUCUUCUCUGCCGGGCGCAUCCCUGCCAUCGUCCAGGAGGCCUUGAGGUCCCGCUGGCCCUUCGGCCGAGCCCUCUGCAAGCUUCACUCCUUCACUCGCUACUUGGUUGUCUUCGCCGGCGUCUUCGUGCUCACCCUCAUCAGCCUCCACCGCUGCCUGCUGGUGGCUCAGCCUGUCUGGGUCCGGAACCACCACAGGCCCCGGAUUGGGUGUUGGCUGAUCGCUGGGGCCUGGUUCCUGGCCAUCUGCUUCAGCGUCCCCUACCUGGUGUUCAGGGACGUGGAGACCAGACAGGGGGAGUCCUUCUGCGUCUACCAGAGACACCUGCGGCAUUUCGUCGAGAUGCCCCUGAGGCUGAGCCGGUUCCUGGGCGGGUUUCUGGUCCCUUUCGCCAUCAUCGCCACGUCCUACAUGGUCUUGACCUGGAAGCUGAGGAGAAGAAGCUGGGCGGGCUCCCAGCGGACCUUCACCUUGGUGCUGGCCGUGGUGGCUCUCUUCUUUGUUUGCUGGUUGCCCCAUCACGUCCUGGUGCUGCUCAGUACGUACCAGGCAGACAAAAAGAUCUGGGGCGUGGCGCUCAAGUUGGCCAACGCCUUGGCCUACCUCCAUAGCUGUCUCAACCCUGUGCUGUAUGGGCUGAUGGGGUACGCCCGGAGCAGAGGGCGCCGGAGGGGCUCCUUCCUGGGCAUCUUCCGCAGGGCCCUGGCUGAGGAAGAGGAGGGAUCGGGUGGGAUGGAGGCGUCACAGAGCAUCAGACAGACUAGUUGAGAGUGGAGGACUUGGGACUCCUGGGUUCUAUCCCCAGCUCUGGGAAGGGAACAGAGUCUAGUGGGUUAGGGCUGGGUGAGCGAGAAGUCAGGACUCCUGGAUUCUAUUUUCCAGGUCUCCCAUUAUUUCGUUAUGAGUGUGAGCUAAGACCAAUCUCUGAAUCUGUCUCUCACCUUCUGCUUCAAUUUCUUCAUCCAUAAAAUGGGGUAGUAAUCCUUCUGUUGUCUGUUUAGGCUGUAAACACAAUGGGGCAUGGACAGUCACUCUCUGUGUGUCUGUGCAGUGUCCAGCACAAUGGAGGCCUUUGAUCUCGUUCGGGGUCUGUCUGUGUUGGGGAUUAGGAGACAGAUUCAUCAGAACUGGAAGUCUUUGUGUGAAUGGCUCAGUUUUGUGGAGUUUCUUGAAUCAAAAACGUUUUGGAAGAAAACUUUCAAAGUUGUCACCAGCUCAUGUUUUGAAAUGUCCAAAAUGAAAAUUCCACCUUUCCGGCCCCAAAUCCUUUUUUUGUUUUUUAAAUUUAGGCUAAUUUGUGUUUUUAAAAAGUUUUCAAAUGGUCAACAUUUAAAAUGAAACAUGUUGAAAUGAUCAAACCAAAAUAUUUUGAUCAACCCAAAUUGAAAUUCCCCCUCCCCCCUCCAGAUUUUCAUGUUUGUGAAAAUUUUUGAGAUUUUUUUAUGUUUCCUCCCCAUUUCGCACUGGAAAAUUUUUCAAAAUCUCCCCCCAAAAUGUUGCAGGCCAGGAAAUACCUGCUCAGAUCUACAGAUUAUUUCAGAACGUCUUACUGUGGAGUUGGGACUGUGUGUGAGGCAGACACAAGUUGCAUUAAAGCCAAUGGGUGUCCUAAACACUCUGUUUCAGGCUCAAUGGAAGGAGAAAUGAAGCCAAUUUAUGGAGCAGAGAGAGAUACAGGCAGUGGAAGCUACCACCCAAGGCAUGUGUCCGGUCAGAGCUGGGCCGUGUGGGUUAUUCCCUGGUUGUGAACACGGUGGUGAAGAGAGUGGCUGCAGACAUGUGCAUGGAAGGCAGGAAAUCUGGAACAGGAGAUCUGUGUGAGACCCAGAAAGGGAGCAAAGAGACAGAGUUUCUUGGGCACAGAGACCACUGGAGAGGCAGGCAUGGGCAUUGUGGUGCAAGGAAGCUGCCUGCUGCUACUUGUUUCUACAGCAGUCGGGGAAUAAGGAUAGUGUGUGUGUGUUCUCAGUAAAUAAACAGGAUUGUACCAAAGAAUGGACCUGAUUCAGAGCACCCAUUUCUCCUCCUAAUGGAACUUGCAACCCUACCAGGCCCAGAAUAUUAGCAAACCACAGGCUUCAAAAGGACGAAGCGUUCCCAGAAAAAGACAGGGUGCUGGGCUGCCCUGUCCCCCUCAGUGUAAUUCCCAGUGUGGGUAGACGUACCUGAGUUAGCGUCGAUGGAGGUCGCAUGCUUAAAAUAGACGAUUUAGCCACCGCUAGUGGGGCUGGCUGCCUGAGGAUGUAGCUAAGAUCUGGGACAAGAUCACGCCACUGGGGCUACACGGCUAGCAGCGGGGCGUCUCUCCGAGCUGAGAAUCUCACCUCCAGCUACAGUGUAGAUGGACCCCAACUGAUAGAAGGCAGGUGACGGCUGAGGUGUUUCCAAAGGAGAUGGUUCAAAAUUUUCCAAUGGAGCAGUUUCCCAUCAGAAAACACUGAUUUGACAACAUGGCUACGUUUCAGGGUAGGGGAGGAAAUCAAUUUUUGUUGAAGCAAAAUUAUGAAAAAGUUAAGGCCAAGGCGUUUCAUUGUGUGGAUUUUUAUAUAAUUAAUAUCAAAAGAGGGUUGGCAGGAUUCCAGUUUUAUUGUUUUAUGACAUCGUUUGUUUUUAAGCACACAUUUUAGACCUUUUCUGAUCGACUUCACAUAUCACAGUUGCAGGGAAGUUUGGGGAGGGAGGAGAGACAAUAACUAUUUAAUGGCGGUAGAUAAUCGGAUUCACAAAGUUCAAAGCUUUAUAACCGUUCAAAUACAAAUUGUCAACAUCACCUGACAGAAUAUACAAAGUAAAUUGCCUUCAACCAAACUCAAAGACGGUCACAAGCGGUGUUUUUCUUACUUUGCCCAUCUGUAAAUUGCAAUGAUUAUCGAUGACAUUUUUUUUUGGUGUGUGUACAGUGAAAUUGACGUUUACCGACAA